AUGGCUUACUUUUUGUGUCGCCGAGUUGGCCAUCCAUUGAAGCAUCUCAGCCUCCCACAACGCUACAGAUCGCAACAACAGUAUCGUGCGGCAUCCGCAAUCACUAAAACAAAAACCCCAAACCAUGAACCUACUCCGUCUCAGAUUCUUCGGUAUGCGUUGACGGGAACUACAAAACCGUCGGGACAAGAUGUGUCAAAGCAGGACUUGGACGACCAUUUGAACGAUGUGUUCUUAGGCGAAUGGCCCCAGUCUACUCUACCUCCACCUUUGUGGAGCUCUCUCCGCCCAAAAGCCGCCAGCAUUGAUAGGGAUGUGUUUUUCAAAGGUCUCAAGCAUGAUGUGCGGAAUCUUCGUCAUCUACAGAUCGUCAUAGAAAGACACAUUAAUGUACCUGGGGCUUAUGUAUUACGGCGGGCAGAACAUUGUAAACUUCUGGCGCAGGCGCUGGAACGUUGUCAACGACACCACUCGGCUGCGGAGAUCCUUGUCGCUAUCAAUGCACUCGUUUCAAGACUACAGAGAAAGCAGAUGAAUAUACAUUGGAAAUUACACCUACUGGGGAUGUACUACGCAUGCCUUUCUUAUUCUGCAGCUGCUCUCGAACGACAUCUGAGAGAUUUACUUGCUAUCAGCCCUAAGCGAUUUGGUUCGGCCUCGAGUGUCGCCCUGGUAGAUGCGCUUUACAUGUCCAUCCGAUCCUUCGAGCUUCAAGGAGAUAACCCAGAUACCGGUUCGAUGCUCAAACAAGUGACUGGCGAGUCCGAUGUCGAUGAUGCCUCAGAAGUCACUUUGCACUCCAUAUUGACCUGGGUUGAUCCGAGAAAAGCGUUAAUUGGACGGUACUUUAGAUUGCUCGUCAAGCUAAAGAGCCGUGAAUUGCUCCAUACUCUAUGGAGCAAUGUUCUGAGCCUUUUGUGGGCCAAAGCAGCCGAUUACCGUUUCCACAAUGCCUAUUCCUGUAUAAUGGCUCUGGUUGUGGAAGGAGAUGUCGCCAGGGCCACCACGUAUCUGGAAGAAAUCUCGGAGCGCGCUGGUGAUACCCUUCCUUAUAUAUCAGAGUUCAAAGAUCUGAGUGUACUUCUCGCUAAUCAAGAAGUUUGCAAGUCGCUAUAUCGUCUCUGUGGCCAGGAUGAAAUACUCAAGAUACUCGAAGUCCAACUCGAACAAAUGGAGAAGAGGCUAGGGAUCAACUGGCUGCCCGAGAAAUCUCUUCACACUAGUAUAUAUGACCUCAGUUACAAUGCGACCGAACAGCCUCUUCUUACAAUGGAUGGAGACAGUACUGGAUACGAAAGCAGCGAACGCUUGAUUGCCGAAAUGCACGCUUUAGGUUGUUCUGGAUCGCUUUCAGAUCUCACCAGACUUGCCAAUUGCUUAGACGAGCAUGGAGGUGAACAUAUUCUGGUUGUUCAAUCAUCGGCUGAAAAUACACCGCUAGAGCUGGCCUGGGUACCUCAACGCUGCCCCGUCGAUGUCCUAGACUGUUCUGAGGUGAGAUCUGGGGAACACACGACGAACUCGCCUUCCUCCCUGGGAUUGAUCCGGCUCGACCCUGAAAAUGCCGGGUUGUCACCAACAGAUACUCGCUCGCUGCACUUGAUGCAGCUGGGAUAUCUGAUCAUAAAGCCCAAAGCACCCAGUGCGGAGCACGAAUGGAGAGAAUCGGGCCAUAUAGUAGCCCUGGACCGCGCUUCAGGCCAACUCUUCGCAGUCUUUGUGGGGAAAGCUCAGGGCCUAAUAAGCCCAGGCAUCCAGUCGCAUAUCCCACGAGUACCAUUCGAUCUCAAUUCGAUAAUGAAAAUCGAACUGCGAAGCGACUUGAACGGAAUUCGUCAUGGGGACAAUCAUUCGUCACCGGAAUUUGAUAUCACCAAAUGCUAUCUUGAUGUGGAUCCAUGUAAAGAUUUGGUGAUUUGA